AGGUCUCCGAGGCCAGCGGCGGUAGCAGAAGGCAGCGCCCGCGGGACGCUAACGAUGGCUCCUGGCCUCCAGCGCCCGUUGCUGCGGCUCCUGGUGCUGUGGCUCGGGCUGGCGCUGCUGUGCGCUGUGGCGGGGGAGCGGGUGCCAGGCACCACCCCCUGCUCUCGCGGCAGCUCCUGGAGUGCAGACCUCGACAAGUGCAUGGACUGCGCGUCGUGCCCGGCGCGACCGCACAGCGACUUCUGCCUGGGCUGCGCUGCGGCCCCUCCAGCCACCUUCCAGCUGUUGUGGCCCAUCUUGGGGGGAGCCCUGAGCCUGGCCCUUGUGCUGGGACUCCUUUCCGGCUUCCUGGUCUGGAGACGGUGCCGCAGGAGAGAGAAGUUUACCACCCCCAUAGAGGAGACCGGCGGGGAGGGCUGUCCCGGUGUGGCUCUGAUCCAGUAACAAUGAGCAUCCCCUGCCAGCAGGAGGCCACGCCCACUCAUCAUUCAUUCAUUCAUUCUGGAGCCAGACCCUGCCUCCCAGACACAGCCCUGAGCCAGGCUGCUCCAACCACAGGGGUGGGCAGGGAUGAGGGACGGGUGAAUCACUUCUGAGGCCUGGACCCAGACUUUAGAGGAGCCUUCAUUCAAGGUGUCUGACUGCCCUGCCUCUGGCUCCAGGACAGAAAAUGAGACCUAGGCUGGCUCACACCAGACAGCUGACACUAAGGAACUGCUACAUUUGCACAAGGGUCCCCCCUCCCAUGGCCUGGCAGCCAGUCUGACCUGACAGACAGACACAACACCAGGCCCUACCCACUCAGAUGAGCUGAAAUUCCAGCACUGGGGUCUCAGCCUGGGGGGUUAGGGACCUGUUCCUAACACUAGGGGGCUGGCCCUCUAGGGGGGCUGGCCCUAAGACACUGCCCCCCCAACCCUCAAAGGGGGGGAGAUAUUUAUUUUGGGGAGAAAGGUUGGAGGGGGGAGAAUUUAUUAAUAAAAGAAUCUUUAACUUUAAA